AGCGAAUGAACAGAGUCGAGAUCGAAAUUGCGUGACGAGGAGGGCGAAAAUGGAGCAGAAGAGGCGCAGAGGUGGAAUGAAUCAAAUCUGUGAAGUGAACAGUAAUGAGCCAGCCGACCAAAAGGUCAUUGCGUUUGACGGUCACGCUAGCGACGCCGUGCUCAUUGGCUUCGCCAACCCACUGCGAAACUUCAAUGAGAGCGCCAAAGACGACACCGAAGUUGUUCCUUCCAACAUCCCAACGGAUGCCAAUGUUGGUCAAUCCCAUACGAUAAAGGAUUUGAUUACUACUGCGUUAGCCGGUAGGCCAACAGGCCAUAGCAGCAACCAAGAUGGACUUGGUGUCAAGCGCUCGGCGUCCAAUGAAUUGUUGAAGAUCGAUGACCUCGAUGAUUACGCGGAUGCCUGUUCAGAGUACGGUCGAGGACUGAGAGAGGGCUGGAACAGGGAAUUCCUACUGCACAGGGUUGAAGAAUGGCAGAAGCUGGAAAAAUAGAGGUGACAGAAGUGAGCGGGUGAUGAGGUAGGACUGAAUGACAUCUGGGUAGAAGGACUGAAAGUCAACGAGAUCGAUAUCCAGCAACAUGCGCUAUCUGAUAGUACGUGAAGAACUCACUGCAGCCACAUAUGAUGAAAUGGAGAUGGAACUGUAGGAAUGUGAUGACAUCCUGUAUCCUGUUCGAGGUUUGUCUCUUGCCUUUCAGCAGCUUCUAGUGCAAUGUAAAGUUGGUAGCACGACACUGCGGUGAGAAACAUGUUAAUGAUAAACAAACUACCACAACACUAUUAUAGUUGCGAGGUGGGCACAUCGUACCGUG